CCACCACCACUUCUUAAAGCUAUAAAAAUUUACCUAUUACACAUUGUAACCUUCGUCAUGAACUCUAGGCAAGUCCAAAAUUCCAAACAAAGAAAAUGAACCUUCCCACUUUCCUUUUGCUCACUCUCGCAAUACUCUUAUCUUCUUUCCAUUCUUUUGUUGAUGCUAAUAACCAUCUCAUUCAACAAACCUGCAGGAAUUGCUCAAAAAGUGAUCCCAACAUAAGCUACAAUUUUUGCAUAACAUCUUUUCAAUCAGACCGUAGGAGCCACUGUGCCCAAAACCUCCACGAACUAGGCCUCAUCUCUAUCAAGAUUACAAGGCGCAACGUGACGGAUAUAAUAUCUAAGAUCAAGGAGCUUUUGAAGAAGAAGAGCUUGGACACGCUUAUCAAAGAGUGCUUAGAUGAUUGCCUUGAAGUUUACUCUGAUUCCAUUACAACAAUUAGAGAAGCUAUUAGAGAUUACAAGGCCAAGCGUUAUGCGAAUUCUAACGUCAAGAUAAGCUCGGUUUUAGAUGCAUCUACAACAUGCGAAGAUGGAUUCAGGGAAAAGAGCGAUGUCGUUGCGCCAUUGAGUAAGAGAAACAAGGAUGUUUUUCAGCUUUCUGCUAUAGCUCUUUCGAUUAUUAACAUGCUCAAUGUGGAUAAAUUGAUGGGUCCGUUUUGAUUUUUUAAUGGUUUGGGUAGUAAAUUAAUCAUCAUUCAUUGUAAUUUAUUCAUAAUGUUUUGCUAUGUUCUUGGUUUGAGCUCUUUGAUUGUAUGUUACUCCAGUCUUCAUUUUGAAAGAUGAACUAUAAUGUAUGAAAAAUGGAUUGUCUAAUGUAAUUGGAUGGUGAAUUAUUUAA